UCCCAAUAUCUCCAUUGAUGAAGGACUUAAUUGCUCUGCCUCACUCCUCAAGUGUCAUGAAGCGUGUUGGCUUUAUUUAAAGAUUAUCUGGAACUUCUGCCAAGCCACUCUCAGGUCAAUGCCUCAGGCUGUCUGGGAUGGGUAUAAAAGAGCUGAGCACUUUGCAGUCCUCUAUCCAGCUUCCUCCACUUGACUCCCUUCAGCUCCUGGGACUCCUUGACUGUGUGGAAGAUGUCCUGCUCCAGCCUGUGUGCCCCUGCCUGCGGUGUGGCCGCCCCAGCCCCACUGGCUGACAGCUGCAAUGAGCCCUGCGUGCGCCAGUGCCCCGACUCCACCGUGGUGAUCCAACCCCCGGCCACCGUGGUCACCUUCCCCGGGCCCAUCCUCAGCUCCUUCCCACAGAACGCUGUGGUUGGCUCAGCAGGAGUCCCUGCCAUUGGAUCGGGCUUGGGUGGCACCUUUGGACGUAGUGCCGGCUUUGGGGGCUAUGGAGGCUUUGGGGGCUAUGGAGGCUUUGGGGGCUAUGGAGGCUCUUAUGGCCUUGGAGGCUUUGGGGGCUAUGGAGGCUUUGGCAGCUGCGGAUAUGGCAGCUGGGGCCGAGGUCUUGGGUACCUCAGCGGCAGCUGCGGGCCCUGCUAAGCACAGCACGGCCUCCUGCCCUGGUCGAAGGGAAGCUCUGGAGAAGUCCUAGUGCUUCCCCUCCAGAUGCCAUGAAAAAGCGUUUGCCUUCGGCACUGCUGGGCUCUGGCGCCUGGACACCUUGUACCUGCAUGGGGACCAGCACUAUCUUCCUCUACUCCACAAUAGCUUCGCUUUAAGACUCGCAGCUCUGUGAUGACACUGUCAUGUGCUGGCUGCCUGCUCCUUUACCUUUGUCCUGUUCAAGAGAUUGGGGACAUCCUCUGGCCAGGGGCUGCUCUUCCACCAACUCUCUCAAACCUGGAACCUGCAAUAAAAUCUGUCUUGCAUCACAGUUUCCAUCUCUGAGUUUUCCUUCACAUCUCCUCGAUCCCGAGUUCCCACUGAAGUCACAAAGGCUCUUUGGGGCCACCACUUCCAGCUUACAGCUGAGCCUUCUCAGGAUCUCGGUGGGCUCUGCCCCGUCCCCUCUCACCUGCCCUGAGCAGCAAAAGAUUCAGCAGCAGCUGCCCCAGGCAGGCUCCAAACUGCACCUUCAGUACUUGCUCCUCCCUCACAGCUCUCCCCCACUUCUCUGACCCUGGCUCUACCUGCUGCAGCUCAAGAAGAGUUCUUGGCUCCAUACAGAGCUCAGUGUCUGCUCUUGAGUGUCCCCGUAGUUGGCCUUUGUGAUGUGGGGCCUGUGGACAGGCGUGCAGCCUUCUGAAGGGCAAAAACAGUUCCAGAGACUCCUGUGAUGCCCUGAGGCAAAGGAAGGAAGGUGACAGCCUAUGAGCAACCUUGUCC